AUGAUUUCAUCGGCUUUUCUAGUCUCACUUUACGUUUCUGUGUCCUAUGUGGCAGGUGUAUAUGCCACUGAUGUAAGCGUAAACAACUAUAGGAGUGGUAGAGAUGAUCCUCGAAUUAUUAUUCAGCGUAUGGGACGAAUUUCAUUGAUACUAAUAGCGAAUCUGAUAGUAGUCCCUUUGAUUCUGUAUCAGUUUGGCAGUGCAAACUCAUUCCAAGAUGCAUUUUUAAGAUUGGGGAUUUGGCCUCAACAUAGUUCUUACGUGCUCGAAUCCUUAAAAGCAUUAGUGUUAAUGGGAUUACUUUACGUGGGUCCUCUUGCGGAUUCGUUGUUAUAUUAUAUGUUUGUCCCCCAUAGUAACCUUCUACAGGAACUCAAGGAGGAAUUGCUCAAUAUUUGGGGGUUUCGUAACUAUGUCUUUGCACCCGUCACUGAAGAGAUUUUCUACACUUCGAUGAUUUUAAACUGCUAUAAGUUUCUACCUCAUGAACCCGUCUCUCAAUUGAAGCUCGUCUGGUUUACUCCCUUUUUCUUUGGAUUGGCACAUAUACACCAUGCCUACGAGACCUAUCAGAAUACGAGAACGACUUUGGCAACUGUGAUUUUGACUACCCUCAUACAAGUGACGUACACGACUCUUUUCGGCUGUUUGACAAAUUGUGUCUUCCUCAAGACUGGUGGGAAUCUAUGGGCUUGCAUCGUCUUACAUGCAUUUUGCAAUUACAUGGGAUUCCCUGAACCUUCUCAAUUGCAUAUGUACUAUACGGAUGUCAGGAAACCACCUUCUGAAUUAGUUGCUAAACUUCUCACUUGGUGGAAUAGAUUUUAUUUUGUCUUGUUAAUCUUGGGAAUAUGGCUCUUUACAGUCAACUUCAACGCAUUACUAGUUUCUCCCUACAGUUUAAUGUGA